UGAUCAUUUGCUGCUUCAGUCCAUGCUGUCACCACAUCUAACUGACACCAGUGACAAACUGCCGGGACCACCUCCACGCUCACCUGCACACCACCGCCAUCAUGGUUUUUUUGCCCUUCGUUUUUGCUGUGGUCACCAUCAACUGCGUUUAUGGAAGACCUCCGUUACCUCCUUUGGCUAUGAAAGAUGGCUGCUACCUGGUGGAUCCAGAGGUGAACAUAUUCAGAGUGGAGGGUGAAGCAGUAAUCCUCUCCUUCCCGAUAUUUACGCGCGUUCUUGAAGUACGCAAGAUUGCCCUCCCAGUGGCUGAGUACCUCAUCACCAAGGACAUUGGAGCAGAGGGCACAAGCGAUCAGGGUGUAGGACGUGUUCAGCAGCAGAAUAAUCAGCUGUGGUUCCUCCCAGCUCUGGCUUCAGACUCAGGGGAGUACACCUGCACAUACAGAAAUGAAACCUACUGCAUAACUGGGAGCAUCACGCUGCACGUGUACGAGCCCACUUCUGUAGACAUGAAAACACUGCCCUAUUCGGCGACAGCCACAGUGGGAAAGAAGUUUAAACUCGGGUGUCCAUCUCUGCGUAACUUCAACAAGACAGACAGCCUGAUAGAGUGGUACAAGGACUCCAACACCACUGUUAAGCAUCAAGGCGAACUAAUAAUCCCAGCUGUGAAGCAAUCUCAUGCAGGCGUGUACACCUGCAAGCUGAGGGUGCGCAUUAACAACCAGCAGUACAAAGUCAGCAGAGUCUUGCUGCUCCAUGUGCAAGACCCUGCAACUACUACCAAAUCCACUGUGCCUGAGGUCUCCGUGACCUCUGACCCAGAGCCAAUCAGCACCAGCAGCAUUAACACUCCAGUAUUUCAUCCACCUGUGAUUGUUUCCCCACUAAACGGAACCAUUUUUGAAAGUCCCCGUGGUUCAGUACUGGAACUGUUCUGCGAGGUUCUCACCGAAUGUCAGAUGGCAGAUUCCACUAAGGUCACAUGGCUGGUAAACAGCCAAUCAGUGGAGUCAUCAUACCUUGAUAAGCGUGCUCUGCAGGGGGGGAGAAGGGUUACCAGGGUGUCCAAAGGCUGCCAGAUUGAGUUGAGACUAAUUGUUGAAGCAAUAACAGAGGAAGACGAGAAGACGGAGUUAAAAUGUGUCACUCAGAACAAGAGCGGACGACAAGAAGUUGUUGCACUGCUUCGACUUGAGGACUCCACCUUCACAUGGCUGGUUGUAGCUGUGGUGGCUGUGACCUCAUUCCUCACAGUGGUCUCUGUCUUCCUCUACGUCCUCUUCAAGCCCAAAAGAAAAAAAAACAUGGAUUACUUUCUGGCUCGGCAAAGCAGCACCUUCUAACUCUGUUAGCUCUGUUACGUCAAAUUACUCUUUUAUGCAUUAUUUCCAUGUGAUAUCCAGCAGUGGCACCACAUGUGUUUGGGCUUUACCUCUGCCACUGCAAAUGUUUUCAUGUAUCUGUCUACUACCUACUCCAGUGGCAAAAAUAUCCUUCCUGACUGUAAUACACAGUAACCACAGCAAAGUACUCCAUCUUUAUUAGGCUUGCCUGUAAAAUCCACUGUUAAUGGCUGCUAAUCAGUGAAUGAAUUACCGUAUGUUUAUUAUUGUAGUUUACAGCAGGGAUUUACUGGAAUGAGUCACACUGUCAUGAAUACCUCUCUGCCAAUCAAAGGUGAACGUUUUCUUUGUAAAAGUAGAAGCUUUCAUAGAUGAGCUGUUGUAUUGCACCAGAUGUUACUGUUGUGCUCAGUGAAAUGGUCACUGUGUGUGUGUACUGUGUAAGUGUGCAUUUUUAAAAAUGCAAUAAAUGUUC